AUGCGAGCUCAACACUUCAACGACCCUUUAGCUGAGGAAUUCUCUCAUCAACUUCUACAAAUUAGAAAUGGCACCUUACCAUUGAAUAACACCCUGCAGCAGCAUGUCCUGCAAUGUGGCCACAUGGUGCCUACAUUGACCGAGCUUAAAGAAAAGGUAUUUUCCACAUCACAAGACAACUUCAAAAACAUAGCAUGGUUUGCAGAGAGAGCAAUUUUAGCACUUCAGAAUGAAAGCAUUGAUAAAGUAAACCAUGAACUCCUCCACAUUCUACCUGGAGAUGCUUCAAUGUUUGUCUCCAUUGAUACUACCAUCGACGAACAUACCGCUGUUGAGUAUGCAGUUGAAUUUCUCUACACCCUACAACCCACAGGACUGCCACUGCAUAAGUUGUUCCUAAAGAAAGGUGCACUUAUCAUGCUCUUGAGGAAUUUGGAUCCACCGCGACUAUACAAUGGUACAAGAUUGAUUAUAACUACAAUGACAAGUCAUGUCCUAGAAGCAACCAUUAUUGCUGGCUGCCAUUGA